AUCAGAGCCAUAUAGUUCCGGAAUCAUCAGAGCCUUAAUAGUCCCAGAAUUACCAGAGCUCUGGUCAUUUUAUUGCUUUCCACUGGACAGACAACACACUUUGGAUCGAGCUCUUAGCCUAAGAAAUCAACUUUCAAUUCAACUUUUAACCCAACUUGAGUAAGCUACGAGAAGUUUACGCUUCAAGAUGGGCUUCUGUUCCUCUUCUUCAUCUUCCCAUGAGUCCUAUUUAAAACACCAGAUCCCACUCCCCAAAGGUUAUAAGUAUGUGCAAGUUCUUGGCGAAGGUGCAUUUGGAAAAGUGGUCCAAUGUGUACAAAAAGACACACGGCAGACUGUGGCCAUAAAGAUUGCCAGGAGAGACAGCAAUCUAGACGAAGAGGCACACAUGCUUUCAAAACUCAUGCAUCACAACAUGGACAAGUUUAACAUUGUCAAGUAUCAUGACAAGGUUAACAUAAAUAAUUCAGUCGGUUUGGUGUUUGAGAUGAUGGACAUCACGCUUCAGGAUUACUUACUGGAAUUAGACGGCCCCAUGCCUCUGGAGAACAUCCGAACCGCCAUUCAACAGUUGGCAACAGCAUUCAGUGGACUGAAGAGGAUUGGUGUGAUCCAUACUGAUGUGAAAAUGAACAACAUCAUGAUAGCGGAUCAAAACAGGCAGCCAUUCAAGGUUAAACUCAUCGACUUUGGCUUGGCAAUUUUCAAUCAUCAAGCGAAAACGGGCAGGGUUUGCCAAACACCUUUCUACAGGGCUCCAGAAAUUAUGCUGGGACUCCCAUUUUCGGAGGAGAUAGACAUCUGGUCUCUGGGCUGCGUGAUGGCAAUCAUGGUCUUAGGCGUUAUGCCGUUCCCUGGACGAAUUGAAUAUGACGCUCUACGAUACAUCAUCGACCUUAUCGGUCCACCACCUGACCAUCUCCUUGAUGCUGGUCUGAAAUCCAACUUGUUUUUUAAGAAAACAGAUUCCAAUCAGUGGAUUCUAAAGACACCUGAGGAGUACUGGGAAUCAGCACAUUGCUCCAUGGAUGAAAGGUUCUACACGUUCCGUUCUCUGGAUGACGUUAAGAAGAUGCGUCUGGAGGAAAAUAACGAGACGGAGGCUGAGGACAGGGAACAAUGCAUUGAGCUGCUGAAGGCAAUGCUGACUUGGGAUGGGAAAGAGAGGAUCACCCCUGAUGAGAUUCUUAACCACCCCUUCAUUACCAAGAGCUACCUGAGGAGCAGCUCCCGCCCCAGAUUCUACGCUUCACUUUGGAAGUCUGCAACCCAGUACAGGACACCAAAGACCACCAAGGAAACCCAGGAUAGAUACGACGACGAGAACAGAACAAGUCACCAAGUGCCAUUUGGAGUCCCCGUGGUUCGACCUGCAGACCCUGAGAACAGAAUUCCCCUGUAUACGCCAUAUGGACUGGACAGUGACAUUUGUCCCCACAGUGACACAGCCUACAGGACCCACCAUUACAAUACGGACCUCCCUCCCACCACUUUUGACGACAACAAGAGGAAGAAAAACAAGAAGAGCCGCAUCAAUCGCUUUUUCUCGUGGAUGAAGGGGAAGUUCUGUUCUAAGCACUGCGAGGACAACACACAGAAAUAAGUAUUUCUACAGGUUUUAAAACAUUUUUUUAGCAAAACACAUGAGAACCUUUUCUCAAGUGUGCUGCUAAAAAAACGUUUGUGGUUCUCCUUAUGGGUAGCAUGGUGGCUUUUGCUUUUUCUCCGCAUGUUGGCGUGGGUUUUCUCCGGGCGCUCCGGUUUCCUCCCACUGGCCAAAGACAUGCUUGUUAGGUUAAUUGAAAAAAAAACAAUGUUCCCUGAAGGAGGGAAACAAGGUACAAAACAUUAGUAUAGAAUUGCGACAGAUUGCGUCAGACAAGAAGAACGCUUCGUGUCUUCACAGCAGAAGAUCCUGGCAUUUUCUGUCUGUAAUUAGAUGUUCUUUUCAUGUCUGCGUGGGUUUUCUCCAGGUGCUCUGGUUUCCGCCCACUGGCCAAAGACAUGUUUUUUAGAUUAAUUGGAAACUCUAA